AUGAGACCUCCAAUGCGCCUCGGGAGCUUUGUGCUUCGUCGAGGCUUUGCCAGUUCGGCACGACGACUUGAUAACUAUGGAUUCAUUGGUCUGGGACAGAUGGGAUAUCAAAUGGCAAAGAACCUACAGUCAAAGUUGAAGCCCUCAGAUAAGGUCUCCAUCUUCGACAUCAACACUGAGUCAAUGAAGAACCUGGAGAAAGAAAUGAAGGCAGCUUCGUCAGGAGCUCAAAUCGAGCUAGUAGCCAGCGCGUUCGACGCCUCAAAAGACGCUGAUACUAUCAUCACCGUGCUUCCAGAACCUCAGCACGUCAAGGGCGUCUAUGAGUCCAUCGUCACUUCAUCUCUCCCCAAAAAGGAUCGCAUCUUUAUCGAUUGUUCAACCAUUGACCCCUCUACAUCCCGCCAGGUCGCCAAGACGGUAUCUUCUGCUGGCCAGGGGACAUUUGUCGAUGCGCCGAUGUCCGGAGGUGUCGUUGGCGCAACUGCUGGAACACUCACAUUCAUGCUCGGCGCACCACCCUCUCUGGUUCCCCGUCUCGAGCCCGUUCUCCUCCUCAUGGGAAAGAAAGUCCUGCACUGCGGCGAACAAGGCGCGGGUCUGUCUGCCAAACUAGCCAACAACUACCUCCUGGCUCUCAACAACAUUGCUACAGCAGAGGCCAUGAACCUGGGAAUGAAGUGGGGUCUGGAUCCCAAGAAACUCGCAGGCGUAAUCAACGUGAGCACAGGAAAAUGCUGGCCAAGCGAGAUCAAUAACCCCGUGGCGGGUGUUAUCGAGACAGCACCGGCCAACAGAGACUACAAGGGCGGGUUCGGCAUCUCGCUCAUGAAGAAGGAUCUCAGACUGGCCAUGGUGGCUGCGGAGGAGGCCGGUGCGAGGAUGGAGCUGGCCAAGACUGCUUUUGGGGUGUAUGAGGCUGCCGAGAAGGAGGAGAGGUGUCAAGGAAGGGACUUUUCGGUGGUGUAUCGGUACUUGGGUGGUAAGGAGGAGCAGAGCUAG